CCCCUUUUUCGCGCCUCCCGGGGAGGGCGGGAGCAGAGCAGGAGCGAGCGGCCGAGGGGGCGCCCCCGAACCAAUGGAGACCCUGAGGCGCUGCUUUCAUAGACGGCCCCUGGGGGGAGGGGCGGUGUUGUAUUCCCGCCACCAGGAUGAAGAAGAGGAAGGGGAGGGGGGGGCAGGAGCCGCAAUCGUGCGGCUGCCUAGGCCCCGCCCCCGAGGCAGGCUCCACCCCCACGUGACGUUGGCGCUGGGCUCCGCCUCCGCCUUCCUGGCAGGGCUCCUGGUGGCCGCUCUUGGCCACGCCCCCUGCAGGGGAGGGGCUUGGGCGGGGCCGUCCCCUCCUGGCCCCGCCCCCGAGGAGGACCCAGGGGGCGUGGCCAUCGCCGGGGCCCCGCCCCCGUGGCCGCGCCUGCGGGAGCUGCUGCAGCGCCACCUGCUGGAGGAGCGCAUCGAGGCCUGGGUGCGGGAGAUCAGCGCGGGGCCACACGGGGCGGGGUCGGAGCGGGGGCGGGGCCUGGCGGGGGCGGUGCUGGAGGCCAUGGAGGGGGCGGGGCUGAGCCGGGCCUGGAGCCGCCCACAGCCCCUCCCCCUCCCCACACGGGGGUCAGCGUCACUGCAGUGGGUGGACGGGGGGGGCCGGGAGCUCGAGCGGCUCCGCUUGGACCCGGAGGCCUUUUGUGCAUGGAGCGCCCCUGGCAACGCCACGGGGGGGCUGGUCUAUGGGCAUUACGGGCGCCCCCAGGACCUGGCGCUGCUGCGGGCCCGGGGGGUGCCCCCCCGUGGGAACCUGCUCCUGGUGCGGCUCGGGCGCGGCCCCCCCGCCGCCAAGGUGGCAGCAGCGGCGGGGGCAGGGGCUCUGGGGGUGCUGCUGUACCCGGACCCCCAGGACACGGCCGGGCCUGGCGGGGACCCUGGCUUGGGGGGGGACACGGCUGUGACUGUGCACCUCCAGGAGGGCUCGGGUGACCCCUACAGCCGAGGCUUCCCCUCCUUCACCGGCCGAGCUCCCCCCGGGCCCCCCCCGGGGGUCCCCCCCAUCCCCGCGCACCCCAUCAGCGCCAACACGGCCGCGCGGCUCCUCCGGGUUCUGGGGGGCCCCCGGGCCCCUGCGCGCUGGGGGGGACCCUCGCGGGGGCUUUGGUACCGGCCGGGCCCGGGGGGGCGGCGGAUCCGGCUCAGCGUGGCCGCGGGGACCGAGCCCGGGACCCUCACGAGCGUCUUCGGGGCCCUGGAGGGGCGGCUGGAGCCCGACUGUUACAUCAUCGUGGGAGCGCAACGUGAUUCGCUGGGCCCCGGGGCGGCGGCGUCGGGGGUGGGCACCGCGCUGCUGCUGGAGCUGGCCCGGUUCUUCGCUGCCAUUGGGCGGGACGGGUUCCAGCUCCGCCGCUCGCUGCUCUUCGUCAGUUGGGAUGGGGGCGAAUUCGGGCACUUGGGGGCCACCGAAUGGCUCGAGGGGUACCCCGACCUCCUGCACACCAAAGCCGCCGCUUACAUCAGCCUGGACCAGGCGGUGCUGGGUGCUGACCGCUUGGUGGCCAAAACCAGCCCGACCCUGGUGAACCUCAUCGAGAGCGCGCUCAGCCAGGUGGAAAGCCCCAACGAGGGCGGGAAGAGCCUCCUGGAGCAGGUGACGCGGCCGGGGCGGGGCUGGGAGAGUGACGUGAUCCGGCCGCUGCCCCCCGAGAGCGGAGCCUUCCCCUUCACUGCGGCCGCCGGGGUCCCUGCGCUGGAGCUCGGCUUCGAUGAGGCCCCGGGCGGGCGCAGCCGCGCGGCGCUGGGCACAGCCGAGGACACGCUGGGGCGCCUGCAGAGGCGGCUGCGGGGCCGGUGGCCGGCGGUGACGCGCGCGGUGGCCGCGGUGGCCGCUCAGCUCCUGCUGCGCCUGGGCCACGACCCCCGGCUCCCGCUCGACCCCGGAGCGCUCGGGGACGCGCUCCUGAGGCGCCUGGCACCGCUGCAGGCUCGGGGCCUGUCCCUGCAGUGCCUCUCCUCUGCCCGCGGCGACGUCGUCCGCGCCGCCGAGCGCCUGCGCCAGGACAUGGCCGGCGCCGACGCCUCCAACGAGCGCCUCAACCGCGGCUUCAACGCCCGCAUCAUGGCCGCCGAGGCCUCCCUCCUGUCCCCCUUCGUGUCCCCGCUGGUGGCCCCGUUCCGCCACGUGCUGCUGGGCCGGGGGGGGCACACGCUGCCGGCGCUGGGGGCGCAGCUGGGGCCGGGGGGGGGCAGCGGCCGCCUCCGCCUGCGCCUGGCGCUGCUGGCCUGGACCCUGCAGGGCACGGCCGGGGCCUUGGCCGGGGACGCCUGGGACCGGGGGGGGAUCGGGAGCCCUGGGGGCAUGGGGGGCAAUGGGGACUAUGGGGGUAAUGGGGGCAUUGGAGGCAAUGGGGGCAUUGGGGGUAAUGGGGGCAUUGGAGGCAAUGGGGACUAUGGGGGCAAUGGGGGCUAUGGGGAUGCUUGGGUUGAUGGGGGCCUUGGGGACCACAGUGAUGCUUGGGAGCAGGGGGAGACCUGGAGCUAUGGGGACAAUGGGGGCUAUGGGGGCAUCGGGGACUAUGGGGACAAUGGGGGCUAUGGGGGCAUUGGGGACUAUGGGGGCAAUGGGGCCAAUGGGAGCUAUGAGGUCUAUGGGGAUGCUUCAGUUGAGGGUGGCCUUGGGGACCCCAUGGGGACAGUGGGACCCCCAUGA